GACAGUGUGUUUGUGUGCUUCGUGCGGUGCGGUUCUCGUUUUUUCCCUCCUCGGAACAAUCUAUUUUGCGCUAAUUUUUGUCAACAACCCAAAAAAUAUCUUGAACACACAGCAAUCACAUUAAGCAAAAGCGUUGGAGUAGUAUACAUACAAUACUUGAACGGAUACUGAAAUUCACCCGCGCAUUAAUCAUUACAACUUAAGCCUAAAUAUAACGACGCAUGCUCGUUAUAUAACUGUACAAAAAAACAAAAAGAAGAUAUAUUCAAGUUUUUUAAACAAGUUCAAAAGCAAAUCAACAAAAUGUCUGCAGCCACAGAACAACAAAAUAACGGUGAUGUUGCCGUCGAGAAGGUAGCCGCCGUCAGCGACAGCGAUGUGAAGGAGGAUCUCAAAGCCAAAGCCAAAUCAGUUGCCGAGGACAAAUCAGCGGCCGCCGAUGCUGCUGGCGAUGCGGCUGCUGCCGAUAACGGCACGGCCAAGGAUGGUGAGGACGGUGCCGAUGCGGCAGAUGCUGCUGCUGCGCCCGCCAAGGGAUCCGUCAAGGGCACAAAGAGGCAAGCUGAAGCUAAAUCCGCCGAAUCAAAGAAAGCCAAGAAAGAUAAACCUGCUGAUGGCGACUCCGAUGAGGAGGAGGUAUUAGAUGAUCUCAUCGAGGGUGACAGUGAAAUCGAGAGCGACGAAUACGAUGUACCCUACGAUGGUGAGGAGGACGACAUUGAAUGCGACGAUGAUGAUGAUGACAAUGAUGACGGUUCCGGUUCGGACGAUCAAGCGUAAUAAUAAUGUAGUCAAAACAAAAUAAAAAUAAAAUAAAAAA